AUAAAAGACAGUAAAACAAAGCCUUUCACUUUCCUCAAAUUAGCAGGCUAAUGUAGUAUAAAAAAAAGCAGUUCUACUCAGAUCUGUGCUAAGAGCUUUCAUUUCAUCAUAAUAUAAAACAGCAGAUCCGUCACCUUUCUCUAUUCAGUACUCUUGAUUUCGAGGUUGAAGUGAAAAUUAGAAGCUGUUCUUUCUGGCUCACAGACUGGGUUGCAUUUGCUUAGUCUUAAUCCAUGACAGUAGGAUGGAAAGAGGUCAGUAACACUGGAAUCUGACUGAUCAUUCAUACCGGAGUAUUGUACACAAAGCACCUUCAAAAUGGACUACUUUUUGGAUGUUGAGUCUGCUCACAGACUGUUUUACAGUCAAGGAGCCCAAGCUCGUCGGGCAACUCUUCUCACUGUGCCCACUCUGGUGACAGCAACUUCUGAGGAUGACAUAGACCGGAGACCCAUCAGAAGGCUCCGGUCUAAGAGUGACACCCCUUACUUGGAAGAAGCUCGGAUCUGCUUCAACCUUGAUAAUGCUCGCCGGGCCACGCUGCUCACCGUGCCCACAUUAAUGGCGGCAUCUUCCGAGGAGGACAUCGACCGCAGACCCAUCCGCCGCGUCCGCUCCAAGAGCGACACCCCCUACCUCGCCGAGGCCCGCAUCUCCUUAAACCUCGACACAGCUGAAGAGGUGGAAAGACUGGCUGCAAUGCGUUCAGAUUCUCUAGUACCUGGGACUCACACGCCUCCAAUCAGAAGAAGGAGCAAAUUUGCCACUCUUGGGAGAAUUUUUAAGCCAUGGAAAUGGAGGAAGAAGAAGAGUGAAAAAUUUAAGCACACUUCAGCAGCUUUGGAAAGAAAAAUGUCAAUGAGGCAAAGCAGAGAGGAGCUUAUAAAACGAGGAGUGCUGAAAGAAAUUUUUGAUAAAGAUGGGGAACUUUCCAUACCAAAUGAAGAAGGAGCUUUGGAGAAUGGACAGCCUCUGGGCUCUGGGCUGAGCUCCAGCCAGGUGUCCCUGCCAGCCCUAGCAGAACUGGAGUCAGUCCCAGCAUCUGUGGAACCCUGUUCAUAUGAGGUGCUCCCAACCACAGAGAUCAUGGAUGGGACAGUGUCUGAAGAGAGCCCCACAUCCAAUGAAUCCGGCGUCCUCCUGUCCCAAGAUCCUACAGCUAAACCAGUCCUGCUACUUCCCCCCAAAAAAUCUGCCGCUUUCCCUGGAGACCAUGAGGACACCCCAGUGAAACAGUUGUCCCUCCUCAAACAGCCCCCUGCCCUGCCUCCUAAACCUAUUGCCAGGAUUGCCAGCCACUUAACUGAUCCUGGCGCUCCUGUGAAACUGCCUUGUAUGCCAGUUAAACUGUCACCUCCACUACCUCCAAAGAAAGUCAUGAUUUGCAUGCCUUUAGGGGGGCCAGACCUCUCUCUCUCAUCCUAUUCCACGCAGAAGAGCUCCCAGCAGCCUUUGACCCAGCAGCAUCACACUGUCCUGCCAUCCCAGUUAGCAGCUCACCAGCACCAGCUCCAGUACGGCAGCCACAGCCAGCACCUUCCUUCUGGGUCCAGCACGUUGCCCAUUCACCCUUCAGGGUGCCGCAUGAUCGAGGAACUGAACAAAACGCUAGCCAUGACCAUGCACAGGCUAGAAAGCUCUGGUUUACACUCAAGUGACAGUGUUACAAAAGCAGGACCUUCAGGCCUUCCAGACAUGAGACAAGUGCCAACUGUUGUGAUCGAAUGCGAUGACAAUAAAGAAAAUGUGCCUCAUGAAACUGACUAUGAAGAUUCUUCCUGCCUUUAUCCAAGGCAGGAAGAGGAAGAAGAGGAAGAUGAAGAGGAGGAUAACUCAUUAUUUACAAGCCCCCUGGCAAGGAAACUCUGCAGGAAGGACUCUUUAGCAAUCAAACUAAGCAACAGGCCUUCCAAGCGAGAGCUAGAGGAAAAGAACAUCCUCCCCAUGCAGACUGAUGAAGAGAGGCUUGAACUUAGGCAGCAGAUUGGGACAAAGCUGACAAGACGACUGAGCCAGAGGCCAACUGCUGAAGAAUUGGAGCAGAGGAACAUACUGAAACCCCGGAAUGAGCAAGAGGAGCAAGAGGAAAAACGAGAGAUUAAGAGAAGAUUAACACGUAAGCUGAGUCAAAGGCCCACAGUAGAAGAGCUACGUGAGAGGAAGAUCCUCAUCCGCUUCAGUGACUACGUGGAGGUGGCAGACGCGCAGGACUACGACAGGAGGGCAGACAAACCCUGGACACGACUCACAGCCGCCGACAAAGCAGCCAUUCGAAAAGAGCUUAAUGAAUUUAAAAGCUCUGAAAUGGAAGUUCAUGAAUUAAGUAGGCAUCUAACAAGGUUUCAUAGACCGUAGCAGAUCAAUUCUACCUGACUACUAUGCCAUCUUCAAAACAUAACUAAAAGGAACCAUAAGUGCUGGUAUUAUUCACUUCCCUGUUACGUACAAUGUAAAUCUUCUGAACUGCCUUUCUAAAAAAAAAAAAAAAAAAAAAAGGUAGAAAAAUAAAUAUUAAAAAAAAGGAGAAUUGUAUUUACAUGUGAUGAGUACUGCAGCAUCAUCAGACCUGCUGGUUCAAGCUUCAGUAACAGAAAAUACCCCUGGUGGGAAAUCGUGCCAAGACUUGGCAUCUAUGUAUAGGACUUUCCUGGCAUGUGGAUUUGCCAUAUGUGUUCAAGCCCAGCUGGUGGUGCAACCAUUGUUGUCUUCAGGCACCCCUCAUCCUGACAAGCCUCUUCAUCAAGCCUAGGGAGCCCUGAGACAUGUUCAGGGAAUCACUUGGCCUGGGUGAAGUCUCCAAAAGAUGAGCCCCUAUGGCACUAAAGCACUUACACCAAACACUCCUUUCUGGCUGAGAGCACCUUAUGAGGACAGUGAAGGAGCGAAACUCUCCGUGGGCCAGCCCAUCUGUGAAUAUCAUCUGAAAUAGAAAGGCAUUUCUUUCCCUGGAGAAGUUUUCAGCCAGUCAGUAGACAUUAUUCAGCUUCCAAGCAGAAAAAUCCUCUGAAGAACAGGACUCCCUACUGAAGGCUGCUUCACUUCUAGCAACUGUUUGUUUUCCAUCUCUUUCAAGUAUAAUUUUCUAAACCCGGUUGUGAGCCCAUUAGCAGUAAGCGACAAGAACACUGAGAACCAGCAAGCAAAAGCCCAUCUCUUCAUGGUCACUGCAUGGCAUCUGCUCUGCUUGUAGUUUGUCUUACACCCAAACCUUGUGACUGUGUGAGAGCCAGCAUGCCCCCGGCAGCAGGAAAGGCUGGGAUUGCCCUCCGGCUCUGCAGAGGGACACACAACAGGAGGGACAGGAAGUUCCAUGGAGGAUAUCUAUUGUCUCUCUAUCAGGUGUCUCAAGAACUGAUCCUAAACUCACACUGAGCAAAGCAUGACAAGGUGUAUUACCUGUCCUGACAAAAGGAGUCUGGGGCAUUCUUAUGGAUGGUGGGACUUGUCACUGGUACCCACAGCUGAGGCAUAAGGACAGCAAUUCAGAGGUGUUCUGAAUUUAUUGGUUCUAACUUUGAUUUUAAUUUAUUUUUAUUAUAAUGGUUUAACACACAAACUGACCAAGCAGAGCUCAGAGAGCUGGUCACUCUGAGCCUGGCUUACUUGCCAACUUAAGCGUGUGCUCUACAGUGAGGAAGCACACGCAGCCUCACUGCUUUCAGGAAUGUGUCUAAGAGGCUUAAUUGAACCUGAACACAAUUAAGUGCUUUUCUGAACUUAGGCCAUCACCUUCCAGAAUUAAGUCCUUAACUAGUAUAAUGCCAGCAAACUGGGGCAGACAUUGUCAGGAUUCCUUUCAAACUCUUACAGGAUACAUGCCAUGUUUUGGGACAGUGGCUGAAAGCACUGUAGCAACAUGACUGUAAGAAGUUUCAGAUUAUUAUUCCAGGACACCUUUUCUUCCACAAAAGCUAUUUUCCUUUGACAGUUUGAUCAGAGAGGCCAAAGUUUUUUACUACAGAAUAGUUAUUUCUGUUAUUCUUUUACUAAUUUCUCCUUUCUCACUGUCUUCCAUGUAUCUAUCCUCUCUUCUGUGCUCCCUGUCCAGCUCCCCCUGUUCCAUGCUAACAUCACCCUUCACUGAUUGCAGGCUGAGAUGCCUCUCACCCUUGAGCAUUUAAUGCUCAAGUGCAGUGCAGUGUAGUGCCAACACUCCUGCCUCUUCUCAGGCCUCACCUCACUCCUCUGGAUGCAGGAGUAUGGCCAAAGGAUCUGCACAGAGCCCAAGGAGUGGCUCUAGCACCAGCCUGCCCCAACAAUCCAAGCAGAGAGGGUGACACCCUCCAUCUGCUCUUGGUGGCAGCACUCAGCACCUCGCAGAUUGGCCCGCCAACAGAGAGAAGCAAAAGCUUUUCAUUCUCAUCCAUGGCCAUCCUUGCAAUGCUGUGGAUUAUUAGUUAUUCAAUGAGGAUUGGCUGUUGUAGGAUGGAACAUCAAAGGAAGGUAAAAACCAGGUGGUUUCUGGUGCUUCCCAGACUGGGUGAUGAUUCCUGAGGAAGUGCACCGUGAUCCCUGUAUCACCAGCUCACACUUGCUUUAGAUAAAAGUUCAUCAGUAGUGAAAGCCUUCAGUGUGCAGUGUUAUCAGCUCAAUCCAGCAGAGGCAGAGCACUACCAGCCAGGAACACACUGCUUUGGGGUUAUUGUCGUGAAAACCUCAGUUUGUGUUUAUAAAUUCAUUCACAUACAUAUGCACACAAGUUACAAAACUGCUUCAGAGCUUUAAAACAAGGAAGGAAAGUCUUUAUGCUUUUAAGUGCACAGACUGCACUGCAUUAGCAAAGAGCUCUGGAACAGAGCUGUUCUGAAGAACAACAAAUCCUUGUGUUCCCAGCAUGGAUCUCACACCUGCCCUGGCAUCUCUAGUGUAGAGGGUCACUGUGAAAUGGAAGGGACACUGUUUAAGGAGCAGUGGUGACAGGAAUCACAGGGCUUGGUAGGCUAGUGGGAGGGAAAGGUGAGGGUUUGUUUCAUUUUUACUAACCACAUUAAGACAAUGGAGGUGAAAGUCGCAGUCUGCUGCUGUCUGUCCAUUGGUAGUGCUGGAGUCCCCAGGGGAAUGAUCACUCUGGGUAUUGCCACUGUCCCUCACGGGCACAGCCCCAAGCAGUGCCCACACUGCCAGUCUGACAUUGAAAAUAAACCCUUGUCUGAGACACGUAACAGCCAAGUCCUGGGUGAUGGCCAAACAUUCCCCAGCAUCUUCAUCCCAGUGAGCCCGUGGCAGGUCCUUGCUGACCACUCAGCAAGUUGCCACACUCAGCCUUGCCCCAUGAUUUUGUGCUGUCCCCAGGGCAGCUCCAUGCAGCCAUGCUCUUUUUUUUUUUUUAAUUUCUUUUGGGUUUUUUUACUUAACUCCUAGCUGAGCAGACACCAGAGAGAAGUGGAAGAAUUGCCGUAUUUUUCCCCAGA